AUGUCCCGAAACCGUGUGAAAUUAAUUAUUGUAGUUUGGAAGAACCUCGUUGACCUAAAGACGUCAUUAGAGAAAGAAAUAGAUAGUUUGGUGAAAGAACAAGUAGCACAAUCAGAUGAGUUGCAAAAUCAAGAUGAAUGGACAAAUGUUUGCGAGAUGUUGAAGCAGCAAAGAGACGCACUUGAGGCCGAGAUCGAGGCAGCGAAUAAACGCAUACAGGUUCUUGACGAGGAGCAUGCCAAGCCAACUAUGAAGGAUGUACAGGAGAGCUUAGCCAGCUUAAGAGACUCCCGGAAGAAACGAAUGGAGAUAAUGGCUACCAGGCAACAAGUAGAAAAUUUAUUGGAGGAAUAUCAUGGGAUAGUUGUUCCAUCCACUGAUGAAGAGGAGCUUAUCGGUGUUCAAGAUCUGCUCAUGGAAGAAGAAGAAACAAUGAUCGCGUUUUAUGAAGCAAAACUGAAACGGAAUUCGAGAAUUUUCGAUAUAAAUGUCUCCCAGCAAGCUCCAUCUCAAGAUAUUGCCCUUGUUUUAACUCCAAAAGGUGACUGGUUCGAAUUCUGGUCCCGGAAUCGGUCAGGUUGUCCUUCAUUGAAAUUUAUUAAGGUCGUUUAUUCGAGAACGUCACCUACACCAAAGGAUAUAUCUAUCAAAGUUAACACGUCAGAUAUACCGAUAGGUAAUUUCGAUCAGGUCAUGAAUCCAUUCAUUCAAAAAAUAAUGGCGUGGAAACAAAGCAUGCUGCAAUCAACGCAUCUCGAUCUUCAUGGCCUUAUCAAGUUAUUCUUCUGA